GUGCGAGGUGCGCUGUCUUUGUUUUGUCGCCUCUCCCUCCCUCCCUCCCCGAAAUUAUAGAGAGAGAAGAUUCAAUUCCAAAACCCCAAAGCUGCCUCCUUUCCGUCUCUCCAGUUGCCAUCUCUGAAGGAGACGGGUGCACUUCCAUUUGAUUUGAGGAGCUCUUCGCAGUACCUACUGUCUCCCAGAUCUGGUCUUCGUGCCCAACUCCAUCAGCAGGAAAUUUUGAAGCUUCCUUUUGUUGAAGGGGCCUUUUCAUCAUAACCUAGAUCAUAAUGAAGAAGGCCUUUGAUCAAACAGUUCGGGACAUUAGGAGGGAGGUGAAUAAGAAAGUUCUUAAAGUUCCUGGAAUAGAACAGAAGGUUCUUGAUGCUACUAGCAAUGAGCCCUGGGGUCCUCAUGGAUCUCUUCUUGCUGAUAUUGCACAGGCUACAAGAAACUAUCACGAAUACCAGAUGAUCAUGGCAGUUAUCUGGAAGCGCAUAAAUGACACUGGCAAGAAUUGGCGGCAUGUGUAUAAGGGUUUGACUGUUUUGGAAUAUUUGGUAGCACAUGGGUCAGAGAGAGUGAUAGAUGAGAUCAGAGAACACGCAUAUCAAAUAUCGACAUUGUCCGAUUUUCAAUAUAUUGACUCCAGUGGGAGGGACCAGGGAAAUAAUGUGAGAAAGAAAUCUCAGAGUCUUGUGGUUCUAGUGAAUGAUAAAGAAAGAAUACAAGAAGCGCGACAGAAGGCUGCUGCUAAUCGGGACAAGUUUCGGAACACAUCUAUGGGUGGUAUGUAUAGGCCUGGUGACAGGUAUGAUGAUGAUCGUUAUGGAAGCAGAGACGAUGACCGAGAUGGAUACGGGAGAGAAAGAGAAUGGGGCAGUAGAGAUGAUGACCGUUAUGGGAGGCAUGGAGACUCAUAUGGUCGUGAUAGAGAUCGCUAUGGUAGAGAUUCUGAUGAGGGCUACGGGAGGGAUGGUUAUAGGGAGGAUGAUUACAGUGGGAGAAGUCGAAACAUUGAUGAGUACCAGUAUGGCUCAAGGAGUAGGAGCUCUGACAGAGAGAGGGACCAUGCUAAUGAAGAUGAUGGUCAAUAUUCAUCUAGAGGAGGUGGAGCCAGAGCUGAUGAUCAUUCUCAAGAUGCAAGAGGUAGUGCUGCCAGAGCUGAUGAUCAGAUUCAAGAUGGAAGCUUUCCAGCCAGGCAGCUUGACCGGAAGCUUUCUGAACAAAGUCUUGGUGUCCCUCCGAGUUACGAAGAUGCUGUAGGCGAGGCUCGUAGCCCUGUUGACAGCGGAAGGAAUAGGGACACUGUGGCAGUAUCUGUUCCACAGGCAUCUAUUCCUUAUACGAGUGCUAGUCCAAACCAAGCAACCACUACACCUGGAAUGCCUGCGGCUGUGUCUCCUGCUUCUCCUGCUGCUCCAGUGAACAAACAAGUUGAUGGUUUUGAUGAAUUUGAUCCACGCGGUUCAUUUUCAGCUGCCCAAACUACCUCAAGUGCUGCUGAAGUGGACUUACUUGGCUCUUUGUCAGAAUCAUUUUCCUCCAGUCCGUUGGCUAUUGUGCCAGUUACAGCUACAACAACAGCCUCUGGAGAUGCUGCCUCAGCAAAUUUCAACUCUGCUCCAUCUUUUUCAGUGGCACAGUCAGCAUCUACGGUCACAAAUCAGCCUUUUGAAGAUCCAUUUGGUGAUGGCCCUUUUAGAGCUCUCCCUUCUACAGAUGGUGUUUCAGCCCCACCUCAGAAUAUAGCUCCUACAACUUCCUUCCAUCCUAGUGCCAACCAAAGUUCUGAACUGCCUCAAUCAGUUCCUGGCAUAGCUUAUGCACCAUCCAGCAAUCUUGAUCCACAACUUCCUAAUGCAAAUGCGCAAUUCUCACCCCAAGAGCCUCUAUCCUCCAAUCAGGACACUGAUAUUUUAGCUGGUAUUCUCCCACCAGCUGCACCACCUCCUCCUUUAACCUUGCAGACAGGUUUCCCUCUUCAAGCCAGUCAGCCUACAUCUAUGACUGGUUUUUCAACUCCAGCUGGCCAACCUGCAACAGUGAGAGAUUUUCCAGCGCAAGCCAGCCAACCUGCACCACAGACAGGUUUUCCAUCUCAAGCCAGCAAUCCUACAGCACAGCCUGUUUUUCCAGCUCAAACUGGGCAACAUCAGUUGGCUACUGGUUUCCCAGCUCAAGUUGUGCAACCAACAUCGCAGCCUGGAUUUAUGGCCCAAACUGCCCUGCCUGCAUCUCUGACCAGUUUUCCGGCUCAGACUGCUCAAUCUGUGGCAGGUUUUCCUGGUCAAUUUGCCUCUGCAUCACAGACAGGUUUUCCAGCUCCAAGCUCGCAACCUGCACAGCCAAGCGGUAAUAUUUAUGGAAACUUCCUCCAACAGGGAUCUACAGCUCCUGCAGCACCAAAUGUGGCUUCUCAAACUACAAGUGGACCAACGCCCCAGUUCAACACUACAACGUUCCUCCCACAUUCUGGUCCUGCAGGUGGACUGGCAGGGCAGCAUAACAACAAUCUCCUGAGUAAUAAUGCUCUUCCACAAGCACAGCAAACUGCUAUGGCCACUCAAUCAGCUGUUCCAUCUUCAGCAGGAUCACUUGCCAUAGUUCCUCAACCAGCUAAGGACAAGUUUGAGCCAAAGUCUGCAGUUUGGGCUGAUACUUUGAGCCGAGGGCUAGUCAAUUUCAACAUAUCUGGAUCUAAAAUAAAUCCACUGGCGGAUAUUGGAAUUGAUUUUGAUGCUAUAAACCGCAAGGAAAAGAGGAUGGAGAAACCUACAACAGCUGCUGUAACAUCAACUGUUACCAUGGGUAAAGCUAUGGGAUCUGGUUCUGGGAUUGGUCGUGCUGGUGCAAGUGUUAUCAGGGCCCCACCAAACCCCACCUUGGGUAUGGGUAUGGGUAUGGGAAUGGGUGGUGGUGCCGUCAUGGGCAUGGGAACCUAUGGAGGCGUGAAUCAACCGAUGGGUGCGGGGAUGGGGAUGAAUAUUCCUAUGAAUAUGGGGAUGGGGAUGAACAUGGGUAUGGGGCAAGGAGCUCAGAUGCAACCGGCUGGAUUCCCUCCUGGAUCGAAUGUGCCUGGUGGAUACAACCCAAUGAUAAGCCGAGGUGGUUAUCCGCCGCAACAACCUUAUGGCAGUGGCUAUCGAUGAGACCAAUUACCACUCUGAAUGUAGUUCUGGUUAUGACAUGAAGAUAGGAUUGGCAGAUCUGGUGGUGGUUUCAUGGCCCUUUAUGAUUGUAUGUCAUGCUUUUUCUCUCUCCCUCUCUCACCUGGCUUUUGGUACUAAGAAGCUUUAAUAUCGAAAUCAGUUGUAAUUUUCUGCAGAGCUGCUUGUUGCAAUGUAUUAUCUCCCAACUUCUACUAAGUUUCUUUGGAAAUUGCUGUACCAUCUGUUUCUCCCUGAUCGAGUCAUGAGAAUUUCUGUAGAUUCUGGGCUGGUGGCCUUGGCCGUUGCGAGUUGUAUACAAUAGGGGGAACUUCUCAUCAGUUCCCCUUUUAGUCCCCCACCAUACCUUCUUUUUUCUUUUUGUUUUUCAAAGUUCGUUCGAAAUUUAUGGUAUAACAUUACCCUCUUGCUGAACAAUAAAUUUGAUAAUUCAUUUUUCCUCCA